CGCAGAGAGACUUACCUCAGUCAGUUCACCGGAGAGCGUCAUUGUGCCCGGCGGUUGCAGUCCCCGGAGUUAGAGCUUGCAGCGCGGCGCCGCUUUAGGAUAUGAAAGAUGGCAAGUCCAGAUGGAAGUAAACGGAAGAUUUUAAAAGCCAAGAAAACAAUGCCUGUAAGUUGCCGGAAGCAAGUAGAGAUCCUGAAUAAGUCGAGGAAUGUUGAAGCACUAAAAACAGCAGCAAUUGAGAAUAAUAUAUCAAGUGGUAAUGAGAAUUCAAGUACUGCUGUCAUAAGUAGCAAAUGUAGACAUUCUGAAAAUGAUGCUUCCUCAUUGAACUCCAUCAAAAAUUCAGUAUGUGAACCAAAAAGUAAAGAAUUUUCUCAGAAUUUAAUAAAACCACUAGAAAUUACUGAUUCGGAAACAAGAUUGGAAUACACAGAAGAACAAGUUGUAUACCCUUGUGAAAAGCCAAGUAAAACAGUAGAAUUUCCCAGGAAACUCUUUAUACACGAGGCAAAAGAUUCACAAAAUACUACUGAAAAUCAUUUUGAAUGUCAGGCAAGUGUAACAAGAUCCUUUUUUGAACAUGAAGAAGAUUGUAAUCUGAAAUCCAUUUGCCAUUUAUCCAGUGUAUUGAGUGGUAUAGUUCAAAUUCCAAAGUCUACAAAAACAAAUACCUUGGAUGAUAAGAGAAUUGACAAGAUAGUUUCCUAUUUAGAAGCAAAUUCCAGUGCUGAGUUAUAUGAUAAAAAGCAAAGUGACAUUUUAAUUUUCAGUUCAGAUGACCCUUUUGUGCCUGCUGAUAAAAUACCUAAGUUGGUGAAUUCAGUCAUUUCAAGUAACUGUGCUGAUGACAUUUUGAAAAGUGAAGAAUCCUAUAGAAACUAUCUUUCCAGCAUUUUAAGUUGUGAAAAUUUAGACGCAAAGUGGCUGUCCUCACUUGACACUGAUAGUAAUAACAGCCAUAAUCAAAAGAAGAGGAUGUUUUCAGAAAACAAAGAAAAUGUUAAGCGUGUGAAAACUUCAGAGCAAAUUAAUGAAAAUAUUUCUGUAGCUCUGGAAAAGCAAACAGCUUUGCUGGAACAGGUCAGACUUUUGGUUCGACAGGAGAUCUGUAGUAUAAAUUACAAACUAUUUGAUAGCAAACUGAGAGAAUUGACUGAACGCAUUGGGAAGACACAGUGCACAAAUAAACAUGAAGCAACAGCGGAUAAACUCUUUGCAAAAAUAGCAAAACUUGAAAGACGUGUUAAAGCAGUGUUACCUCAAAGGCAUUGUGUGGAACCAAAUGUGGUAUCCAACAAUACAGCUUGUAAGGUUGCAAAUUCAGAGACAAUGAUUUUGGAUAAGAAUCCAGAGUCAGUUAAUAGUCCACAGGAGAGGAAAACUGUGAAAUCUGAAACUUGUAACCCUUCAGAAAAAUCAAGUGGAAAGAUUAAUUGGUCACUGGACCAUAAUGAAGCUGUUUCUGAAAGUAACGAUGAUGUCCUAUUGAUUUCUGUGGAAAAUCUUAAUCUGAAAACUCCAGUUACAUCAAAUCUAACAGCUACUGGAAAAAUUACAUCAGGAAAUUCUAACAAUUCAGCUGAUGCUGAAAAGAGAGCUAUGGCUAUAGAGAAGAAACAUGAUUCUGUGAUUGACCUGACAAAAGAAGACCUGUCAAACUGCAACACAGAAAGCCCAGUAUCCACCCUUGAGUCACCUAUGAAAGCUGUUUCAGUCUCAAAAGAGACAACCCCAGUGUCACAGAAUGCAGCCCAGGUUCGUGAGUCCUUUGAGCACCUGCCACCUCUCCCAGAACCGCCGCCACUACUCCCGGAACUGGUAGACAAAAUCCGAGAUACACUUCCUCCACAGAAGCCUGAGCUCAAAGUCAAACGGGUGCUGAGACCCAGGGGAAUCGCACUGACAUGGAACAUCACCAAGAUCAACCCCAAGUGCGCCCCCGUGGAGAGCUACCACCUUUUUCUCUGCCACGAGAGCCCGAGUAAUCAGCUGAUCUGGAAGAAGAUCGGAGAGAUUAAGGCUUUGCCGCUCCCGAUGGCCUGUACUUUAUCUCAGUUUUUAGCUUCCAGAAAGUAUUAUUUUACUGUCCAAUCAAAAGACAUUUUUGGACGGUAUGGACCGUUUUGUGACAUAAAAUCCAUUCCUGGGUUUUCUGAAAAUCUCACCUAAAAGUAAAAAAUGUAUUUUCUAAUUGCACAUUUUGCGUUUUCAUAUUUGAAUUAUUUGUUUACAAUGUUUCUGUAACACUAUUCACUGUCUUAAAGGGCCAGUUCAGGUUGUGAACCCUUCAUACAGGGACAGUCCCUUUUCCCAUGUUGUAAGUGGCCUCUUGUUUAAUGAAUUCUGAUUUGCAUUCAAGAAGUACUUCAAUGGAUAUCAUGGACCCAUGCCACUCAGCCGUAGGUGCAAUAACUUUGGUACUAUGGAGCUGUUGCUUCUAUGAGAAGCCCUAGGAGGCAAGCAGCCCCCAUUUUCUCUGUUGACAGUCCACUUUUGGUGACUUGUUUGUGGUCCCAUACAGGUACAGGGAAAUUCAGCUGUUUACUGAGGCCUGAUCAUUCCCCAGGGUGCAUCUCCACCAAGGUUUUUUGAGACUAGAUGUCUUCCCAUUCUGUUCAUAUUCUAAGGGCUAUGAAUUUGUACCCCCCCCCCCAACUCCGCCCUUUUGUUUUGGGCCAUGUCAAUCAUUUGGGGAAACAGUCUAGAGGUUUUCCCUAAAUCAGUUUGUAUACUUAACAUGUGUAAUAAAGCUAGUUAAACAUUGUGUGCUGUGUACACAAAAAAUACAGUAGCUCUUAUAAAAUAAAAAAUUAUCCAACCUGCUGUUUGAGUUGAGGAAAAUGAAGUUGUGAACCGUAAAUUUAAGGCUUUAAUUUGGCGAACCCCUUGGUUCAUUUCCAGGCUGCCAUCGUUACUCAGAGAAAGAAUAUAACACGGAGGGUUCCCAUAGAUGUAUCCUGCUUACCUCUGUCUUAGGGAUCACUGAUGUGAUGCUGCAGCUCCUACAAAUAGCCCAAGAAACGCAACAGAUGAGCAUAGUAGACAAGUGUCAGUCAGGACCCAAGGGGAAAAACUGUGGAUGAGUAACACUAGGACGUUAAGAAAACAGAAAAAUAGCUGUUAGUGGGAAACUUCCCACAAAGAGGCAUCCUUGGUUGGUACAUAGUGAAAGUUCAGACGUCAGAGGCUCUGAGAUUUAAAAAACUGAACCAGGGAAUGGCUUUCCUUGGCAUUUUGUGAAUGCUGUCACAUCUUCAGUCAUAAAUAAAGAUGUUGUUUUUCA